AUGCCGCUGCAAAGGUGGCUGUACAAAAAUUACCAACAGGUUCUGGCCCUGAUGUUUGCUGUGGAAGAGAUCAACAGAGAUCCCUGGCUGCUCCCUAAUACUACCUUGGGAUUUCACAUCUACAACACUUAUCAUAGUGAUGUCAGGACCUUGGAGAGCUCCCUGAGGUGGCUCUCAGGAUGGGGCCAUUACAGCUGUGAGAGACAGGACAAGUCCAUGGCUGUUAUUGGAGGAGCCAUAUCUGCCCUUUCUGUCCAGAUGGGGAGCCUUCUGGAUCUCUACAGAUUCCCACAGAUAAGCUAUGGCCCAUUUGAUCCUGCCCUUAGUGACAAGGCCCAGUUUCCCUCCCUCUACCAGAUGGCCCCUCAGGACUCUUCCCUGCACCUGGGCAUUGUCCAGCUGCUGUUACACUUUGGCCGGACCUGGGUGGGACUGGUUGUCCCAGAUGACAUGAGAGGUGAGAAGUUCCUCUGGGACAUGGAAGAAGAGAUGAGAAGGAACAAAGCCUGUGUGACCUUCACAGAGAAGAUCCCUGUCAGUGAGAGACACCAUGAUGAAUCCCAAGUGGCUUUCAUGCCCAGAAUUGGUAUCAUCAGCCAAGGUGACACAGACUCACUGAUGAUCCUGAGAUAUUAUCAGCCUUGUUUAUUUUUACUUUGGAAGGUUUGGAUAAUCACAUCACACUGGGAUGUCACCAUGAGACUUUAUGGCAAUGCUUUUCAUGGAGCUCUCAUAUUUUCACAUCAGACAAGGGAGAUUCCUGGUUUCAAAGCUUUUCUCAGAACAGUCACUCCAGCCAAAUACCCUGGAGACAUCUUCCUUAACAGUUUCUGGGUUUCAGCAUUUGAAUGUCCAGAUGAGCCAACAAAACUGAAGCAAGAGGACUGUUCACCGAAUGCUUCCUUGGAGAUGCUGCCUCUACACUAUUUUGACAUGACCAUGUCUAGCCUCAAUUAUUUCCUCUACAAUGCUGUGUAUGCUGUGGCCUGGGCUCUUCAUGACAUAUUCCAGAUUAGAUCAGAAAUGGGAUCUGUGAGAGAAGAAGGGUGCCUGGUGCCUCAACCCUGGCAACUUCACUCAUCUCUGAGCAAUAUUUACUUUGACAAUACUGCUGGAGACAAGGUGGUUUUGGGUGAGGAAAAGAAUCCUGUGGCUAAAUAUGAUAUCAUGAACUUUGGGAUACUGUCUACUUCUGAAGUUCUGAAGAAAAUGGGGCAGUUUGUCCCCCAGGUUCCACUUGGUCAAGAUUUCACCAUUUGUGAGAAGAUAUAUCUCAACUGGCUUGAUUUGAAGGAUUAUAAAUGGUACCUGGUUCCUGCAGCUUGGUUCCUGAAAAGGAGCUGA